CUUCCCAGCACAACCAACGCUCUCAGUCUCUCUCGCCUAUACAAAACCUUCUUCCGACUACUUUUUUUCCCUCCUCCAUUAAGUUUUCGCUCUCCUUUCAAAAGCAAAAGGAGUUCAUCUUGAACUAAGAGUCCACCGCUCUAUAACAGACCACGGCUGUUGGCGUUUAAUUUUGGAGUUUCGUUAUGUCUACUUUCGGUGCUGCCGCUGCUAAUCAUAACCCUAAUAAAUCAUUUGAGGUUGCGCAACCGCCCAGUGAUUCUGUUUCGAGCCUUAGUUUCAGUCCCAAGGCCAAUUUCUUAAUUGCCACUUCAUGGGAUAAUCAGGUAAGAUGUUGGGAAAUAUCGAGGAAUGGUACAGUUGUUGCUAGUACGCCAAAGGCAUCAAUUAAUCAUGAUCAGCCGGUUUUGUGCUCAACUUGGAAGGAUGAUGGAACAACUGUCUUUUCCGGAGGCUGUGACAAGCAGGUCAAGAUGUGGCCUUUAUUAUCUGGUGGUCAACCAAUAACGGUUGCCAUGCAUGAUGCCCCUAUUAAAGAGGUUGCUUGGAUCUCAGAAAUGAACCUGUUAGUCACAGGAAGCUGGGACAAGACAUUAAAGUAUUGGGAUACGAGGCAGUCAAAUCCAGUGCAUACUCAACAACUUUCUGAUCGCUGCUAUGCAUUCACAGUGAAAUAUCCAUUGAUGGUUGUUGGCACUGCAGAGAGAAAUCUAAUAGUUUUUAACUUGCAAAAUCCUCAGACUGAAUACAAGAGAGUCAUCUCACCCCUGAAGUAUCAGACAAGAUGUGUUGCUGCCUUCCCUGACCAGCAAGGUUUCUUGGUUGGUUCAAUUGAGGGAAGGGUUGGCGUACACCACCUUGAUGAUGGACAACAGAGUAAAAACUUUACCUUCAAAUGCCACAGGGAUGGCAAUGAGAUAUAUUCAGUCAACUCCUUAAACUUCCAUCCUAUACAUCAUACUUUUGCCACUGCAGGGUCUGAUGGUGCUUUUAAUUUUUGGGACAAGGAUAGCAAACAGAGACUAAAGGCCAUGUCAAGGUGCAGUCAACCCAUACCUUGCAGUACUUUCAACAAUGAUGGGUCAAUAUUUGCGUACUCGGUUUGUGAUGACUGGAGUAAGGGUGCAGAAAAUCACAACCCUUCAAUGGCAAAGACCUACAUUUUCCUGCACUUGCCACAGGAAUCUGAAGUUAAAGGCAAGCCAAGAGUUGGAACAAGUAGUAGAAAGUGAAGGUUGCUUUUGAUUAGGAAACCUGGAGGAAAGGAUUUGCCAUUUCUUUUUUUCUUCUGGCUUCUAGAUGGCCGUUUGUUCUCCUCUUUCAACUAGGAUAAGAAGAGUUCUGUGCACAUUAGGAAUGCUUCCCUUUGGGUCAUUGAUCUCUAAUUCAAUGUUCAGCAUUUUAGUUUAGAAUCUAUAGUUGCUCCUAUGUUUGUUGGUUGUUAGAAUAGGCUUAAAUCAGGCCAUUUUUUUCUCCCAUUUCAGCAACUAAGAAUAUGAAUUAGUUGUAUAACUAGGAGAAUGGCCCGUUGGGCAAUUUGUCUCCUCAAAUUUGUGUUGUAUGUUCGCGCUUAGGGUGUGGUCGCUCCAUUUGCUGGUCGUUUAAAUGGUUUACUUUGUCAUGGUUGACAAAUUUUCCAAAUUUUGUUUGGUCUCUCUUUGACUAAACUAGUAGAAUUUGGUUCGUCUUACGUCGGCGUCAAUGAGUCAUGAUCUAUUUGCAUAAGUAAUGAGAUUGGUUUAAGUUAGAUUGAAAACAACAUAAUGAAGAGAUUAAUUAUUGUAAUAGUGAGAUUAAUACUAUAAUGACAAACACAAUAUGUUUUGA